CGGCGUGUGGUGACAGGCGGCGGGACGCGACGACGGUGACGGUGAGAGGCGGGGGGCGUGGCUCGUCGCGGAUCCACGAGGCGAGGGGGCGGCUCCGCACCUCGCGAUUCCGUCUCCGCGCGGCAGCGAUGCCGGUGAGGCGGCGGCAGCCGCGGCGACAGGAGACGGGGGCGGCGGAGAGGUACGGGGAGAUGGGGAUCGCGGCGGCGCUGUCGCGGCCCUGGGACUAUCUCACGGCCUGCGGCGAGCUGGCCGCGCUCCUGCGCCUCGGAUACGCGGACCUUCCCAAGGCAGCCCAGGCGCUCGUUGCCUCAGACGUGCUGCUCGCGUUUCGCCUCCUUCCCGAUGUGCAGACAGGAUAUGCACUAAGUGCAGCUAAUGCUCUUCUCCAGGUGGUAGAAGUUGCCCUACCAAAGCAAAAGAAGGCACAGGCUGUUUCAGAGUUCAAGCACUCUGUUAUUGCAUAUAAAAGGCGUGCAAGAGUUCAAGAAAAUUCAGGUUUACCACACAUACCACAGGAUGUACUUGUUCAUAUCUUCACUUUUCUUGACAUGCGUUCUUUGGUGGCAGCGGGUCUUGUCUGCUGGUCUUGGAAUUCAGCUGCAAAUGACAACAACCUGUGGAAGAUUAAUUACUCCCUUUUCUUCGGUCUCUGCCAUUUGAGUUGCAACAGCAUUCCUGUAUCUGGUCUACAGAAAAGUUGUGAGCUUGUUCAAAGUAGCAUCGACUCAGAGUCAAUUGAUCCAAAUUUUAGGUGGAAAGAGUCCUUCCACAGUACAUAUGCAGGUAGCAAUGAAUGUGCAUCAUGGCAGUUCGCAUCAAAUAGAGCACUAUGUGGGCAUUGCAGAUCAGUUAUUUGGCUGAGCAACCUGACAUGUGCUGCUCCACACCAUUGCCGUAGGAAAGGAAGAGAUGAAGUAAAAUUACGACCUCUGUUACCUGAUACAGUUGCUAAAUACAUAUUGCACAAUGACGGCCUAGCAGCUUCAUCACCCGAAAGUGAUGACACAGAUGAUUCCGACUACGAGAAUGGGCUCCCAAGAUUUUGGACGUUUUAAGACAAAAUUAAAUUUGGACUGUGGCGGUUAUGUGGAUGUAAAUGCUUGCUCACACUUUAUUUAGGAGUCUGGACAACGAGAUCACGGUCCAACAGAGUUUUUACAAAGCUUGGGAGGGGAUCAAACCAGACAAAUGGUUGACCCGGGUCCCAUACGAAACCAGCUUGAGCAAGCUCAUGUGCUCCUCCAUUACAAGAACGAGGAAUAAAACUAAACUUUACAAAGACGAAAUGCAGCGACAGAAGCUCCUGGAUCUCUCUGAAGAUGACACCACCAGGUGCUUGAUCGAACUUUGCAGUUUGGAUGGCCGAGAGCAAGUUAGUCGAUCACCUUUGAAAUCCCAGCAUCCAUUGCUGCUUUCAGUGCAGACAAGCAAGCUUCGCCUUCAGCAGACAAAGCUGACUCGUAAGUGAAAAUGAAAAAUUUAAUGUAAUAACAUUGUGUGUGGUGACUUUCCCCCAAAAAUGGGAAAUUAAAUUCGUGGGCUCCUGUGAAUAAUCACAAUGCCUUCGCACUGGCACUCAUUUCAACUGGUA